AACACAGCCACCGUUGCCCAGUAAUCUAUCGCCAGAGGUCAGAGACUUAAUUUCAAGACUCCUCGUGAAAGACCCUCGCCAGUGGUUAGGGAGAGGGCCACGGGAUGCGCUAGAGAUUUAGGACCAUGUAUUUUUUAAGAAAUUGAAUUGGGAUGCCUUGCUCAAAAGAAAGUACCUGCUCCCUUUGUACCAAGAAUCAGUACUGAGUUAGAUGUUAGUAAUUUUUCUGAAGAGUUCACUGCAAUGAUACCACAGGAUUCUCCAGCAAUCGUUCCUCCAGAUGUUGAGAAAAUGUUCAAUGGCUACUCCUACGUUGCUCCAUCAAUUCUCUUCACUGACAAUGUCAUCAGCGACAGCAGCAGCCUUUUCAAGAUGUCACCAGACAGAAGACCUUCCACAACCAACCUAUUAUUGGCUUGUAGCUUUAAGGACUCACCAUUUUUCCAAAAAUACGAACUGAAUCUCCGAGAUAAUAUACUCGGAGACGGCAGCUUCAGUGUCUGUCGGGAAUGUGUACAAAAGUCCAGCGGGCAACAACACUUUCCUGUGGAGAUAGUGUCAAGAAGACUAGACUGCCAACAAGAAAUCAAUUUACUCUGGGCUUGCCAAGGACAUUCCAACAUUGUCAACAACCUCCAUGAAGUUUUCCAUGAUGAGGCACACACCUACAUUGUGAUGAAGCUCCUUGGAGGUGGAGAGCUGGCUGCUUCAGAGGAUCAGGAAACACGAGAGGUUCACAGAGGCUCGCCUCGGGCUUCGGUCGUCGUGAGGAACCUGGUGUCAGCAGUUCACUACGUGCACAGGAAAGGCAUCAGUGUUCACGGAGACCUAAAGCCAGACAGGGGUGAAGAGUUAGGAGAGGGAGAAGAAAUAUGUUGGGAAUUAAUGGAAUGGGAGGGAAUAAAAAUAGAAAAGUGGUUGGUGUUGAGGAUAGACAGAAAAGAAAAGAAAGGAAGGGUGAAAAAAAGGAAGUUUUUUUUGCAUUGAUUUUCCAUCUGCUUAUUUUAAAGAAUUUAUUGCAUGGAAUAUUAUUGAUCUCCAUCAUUUGUAUGGCCUUUAUAAUAAAAAGUAUGAAUUUA